UUCAAUCGCAUGCGCGUGUAUAAAAAUGUUCGCAUUUUGUUUUGAUACGCCGUUUCUCAAUUUUUAUAAGCUUUAACUUAUGAUCCACAUUGUUGACAAGAAUGUUUCGGGGAUCAAAAGCCGAAGUUUGUGUAAUCGGUGCCGGAGUUGUGGGUUUAUCGUCGGCUUUGAAUAUCUUGCAAACAAUCCCGUCGGUUAGAGUUACUAUUGUUGCUGAUAAAUUUCUGGAUAAAACUCUUAGUUUUGGAGCCGGUGGUUUUUUCCGUCCUGAAAUCAAUAUUGGCCGUGAUCGACAAUCGAUUGAGCAAUGGGCUAAUGAUAGUUAUCAGCAUUAUUCAUUCCUUGCUUCUAAUGAACCAGAAUCUGGCAAUAGUUUUAUUUCGGGUUAUCAACUCAGUACUUAUUCCGCUGAAAGUAUGCAAAAUGAAUUGGUGGCCAAAUUAACCAAUUCAGUGAAAGUAAUGUCAGAUGAUGAACGGUGGAGACUUUUUCCUGAACAAUUCAAAUACGGUAUAACUUGGACAAGUAUCAUUACUGAUCCUCGACAUUAUUUGCCUUAUAUGCAACGGAAAAUUGAAACUUCAGGUGGUACUUUUGUAGAACGCCAUAUCGAUUCGUUUGAUGAAUUAUCCGACUAUGAUGUGAUUGUGAAUUGUACCGGAUUACAAGCGGCAAAACUUGCCAAUGAUUUUCGUUUGAUUCCAGUUAGAGGCCAGGCAUUCAAGGUAAUUGCACCAUGGAUUAAACAUUUUUACUUUGCCGAUGGUGCUUAUGUGCUUCCCGGACGAGAUUACGUUACCGUAGGUGGAAUCAAAGAAUUCGGAUCAAGCAACAUGGCUAUAAGUAAAUUAGAUAGUUUUUCCAUUUGGAAACGAUGCACGGAAAUGGUACCUAGCCUACAAAAAGCUGAAAUCGCAUUCGAAUGGGUCGGAUUACGGCCACAUCGCCAACCAGUAAGAGUUGAACAUGAAUAUCAUCUAUUACCCAAUGGAAUCGGCAACGAUAUUGUUCAUAAUUAUGGUCAUGGGGCUCAUGGUAUCACAUUAUCAUGGGGAACAGCUAUAGAGGCUACUCGUCUAGUAUUCGAAUCGCUUAAUCAUAAAUCGAAAUUGAAAUCAAAAUUAUAGAGUCAUCUUAUCGUAUGUUAUCACAUUUUCUAUUUUUGAUAAUAAAUACAAAAAUGACUGCAGCAAUGUUAAA